AGAGUACCUUGUGUCUUCCCGUCUCAAAGGUAAAUUAGUACAGGACAAACCUGAGGUAGGCGCACUUUUGUCUCUUGCGCAGAGAAGUCUCAUAUUUUCCACUUUCACUGUUGCAUCACCUGUGUCUUCGAUUCCGCGACUACGAACCAUUGCUGACGAACUGACCGCAACUGCCCUAGUCAAACGAUUUUUUUUGUUUCUCUCGAUUUGCGGUCAAGCAAUACCUCGCAAGCGACAAGGCUCAAGCAUCCAUGCGUUACUAUUCUCGCAACACAGUCUUCCUUUGCGACGCAGGAGCUACUUGCUCGCUCCACCCUUUGCGCGACGAACAGCCUUUCGAAAUCACCACAUAAGCCGUAGUUUUGCCUUGUUGCAGAUAAUUCUUACAUCACAACAUCAUUCAAGAUGGGUAUCCCGGCGGCUUUCCGAUGGCUGUCAAACAAGUACCCCAAGAUCAUCUCCCCAGUCAUCGAGGAGCAACCCGUCAAGAUGGAUGAUGGGUCUGAAAUCCCCGUCGACACAACCGGACCGAACCCGAAUGGCGAGGAGCUCGACAACUUGUAUCUCGACAUGAAUGGUAUCGUCCAUCCAUGUUCCCACCCCGAGGAUCGCCCAGCUCCCAAGGACGAGGAGGAGAUGAUGCUUGAAGUCUUCCGGUACACGGAUCGUGUCGUCAAUAUGGUCCGGCCGCGAAAGCUGCUGAUGAUUGCUGUUGAUGGCGUCGCGCCACGUGCAAAGAUGAACCAACAACGAUCUCGUCGCUUCCGAUCUGCGCAGGAGGCCCAAGAAAAAGAAGAGGAUAAGCAAGAGCUCUUGAAGUUGUUGAAGCAGCAGAAUGGUGGCGCAGUACCCGAUGACACGCUCGAGGGAGCCGCCAAGAAGGCUUUCGACUCCAAUUCCAUUACUCCCGGCACUCCCUUCAUGGACAUCUUGGCCUCGAGCUUGAGAUACUGGUGCGCGUACAAGCUCAACACGGACCCAGCCUGGGCAAAGGUCAAGAUCAUCAUCUCCGAUGCAACAGUCCCCGGCGAGGGAGAACACAAGAUCAUGUCAUUCGUGCGAUCUCAACGCAUCUCUCCCGAUUACGACCCGAAUACCCGACACGUCAUUUACGGCCUCGAUGCCGACUUGAUUAUGCUUGGUCUCGCAACUCACGAGCCUCACUUCCGAGUUCUGCGUGAGGAUGUCUUCUUUCAAGAUAGCAAGACCAAGAUGUGCAAGCUUUGUGGACAAAAGGGCCACGAGGCUCGCGCUUGUCGUGGACAGGCCAAGGAGAAGGUCGGCGAAUUUGACGAACAGGAGAAGAGCCCCACUUUGAAGCCCUUCAUCUGGCUCCACGUUCCCAUUCUGCGGGAGUACUUGGCCGUAGAGCUUAAUGUCCCAGGUCUGCCCUUCCGCUUCGACCUGGAGAGAGCACUGGAUGACUGGGUCUUCAUGUGCUGUUUUGUUGGCAACGACUUUUUGCCUCACUUACCGGCACUGGAGAUCCGUGAGAACGGAAUCGACACGUUGACAGCCAUUUGGAAAGACAACUUGCCAUUCAUGGGCGGCUAUGUCACAAAGGACGGUCACGUCGACUUGGGUCGAGCGCAGUACAUUCUCAAUGGCCUAGCAAAGCAAGAGGACGCGAUCUUCAAGAGGAGAAAGGAAACCGAAGAUCGUAGAGAGGCCGGCUUCAAGCGGAGGAAGCUUCAAGAGGAGCAGCGUAACCCAAGGUUUGCCAAACCAAAGCAAGUCGACGAUGCGUCUGCUGGCUUGAGCUUGUUUGCUGUGGCAGGAGGACCAAAUGGCAUCACCCACGACAAGGUGGUCGGUCGAUCUUCGAACAUGAAUGCUAACACUGCCAACAAGAGUGCCGCAAGCGCUAUACGGGACCAACUCAAAGGUUUGAUGCCCAAGAAUGAGCCCAGCCAGGAAGAUGACUCGGCGAAGGCCACGAAGGAAGAGGUCCCUAAGUCAGCCGAUGAGACCUCCGUACUGGGGAAACGCAAAGCCGAAGAUGACUCGACAGCCAAGGCCGAUUCCGCCGCGACAACCGCAAAGGGGCCCAGCACGUCCGCUGCCGAGGAGGCUGCGGUGGAUCAUGUCAGAAUGUGGGAAGAGGGUUACGCCGAUCGAUACUACGAACAGAAGUUCCACGUUGAUCGGAGCGAUCUCGAGUUCCGGCACAAGGUUGCGCAGGCUUACGUGGAGGGCCUGUCGUGGGUUCUACUGUAUUACUUCCAGGGCUGUCCCUCAUGGGAAUGGUACUACCCAUACCAUUAUGCGCCCUUCGCUGCCGACUUUGUUGAGCUUGACAAGAUGGAUGUUCAUUUCGAAAAGGGUCGGAUCUCAAAGCCAUUUGAGCAGUUGAUGAGUGUGCUGCCUGCCGCUUCUCGCCACGCAUUGCCCGAAGUCUUCCAUGACCUUAUGCUCAAUGAAGAUAGCAAUGUCAUCGACUUUUACCCGUCAGAUUUCGAAAUUGAUCUGAACGGAAAGAAGAUGGCAUGGCAGGGAGUCGCACUGUUGCCGUUUAUCGAAAUGCCAAGGCUGCUCGCCGCCAUCGAGACAAAGUACCCUCUCUUGAGUGAGGCAGACAAGGCGCGAAAUGGCGUCGGAAGAGAUGUGCUGCUCUUAUCAGAUGCUCACCACGAACUAUAUGAUGAGAUCACCACUGGUUUCUACUCUAAGAAAAAGGGAGCGCCGACGCUCAAGCUCAGUCCGCGGACCAGUGACGGUUUGGCUGGCAACAUUGAGAAGAUUCCUGACUAUCUGCCUCACGGAGAGUUGGUAUAUCCCCUGGAGCGCGGUGGAAUGCCGAAUCUCGACUACGAUAGGUCUCUAAGAGUCUGGUACACGUUCCCAGAAAGUUCGCACCCUCACAAGUCAAUGCUGCUGCGCGGCGCCAAGCCUCCGGCUCCAGCUCUAGAUCGCAACGAUAUUGAGACUCUGAAGGGGAAGUCAGCCCGAGGCGGGCGUGGCUAUGGCGGAGUACCCUUUCAACGCGGCGGUGGACACCACAACGGCGGUCGGAGGGGGGGCCAGUUCAGUUACGCUCCUGAUGGCGGACAGGGCCGCCAAGACCGGGGACCGCCCUCGUACGGAGGUAAUGGUGGUGGUUAUGGGCGGCAAGGAUUCCAGUCGUCGGGGCUACCACCCACCCAGUCAUCAUGGCAACCUCCUCCCCCGGGGCACCCUGGGUUCGGAAUGGGCCUACCACCGCCGCCCCCUCCAGCAGGAUAUGGAAACGACGGGCGAGCAUCUAACGGUUCCUACCGUGGAGGAGGCUACAACCAGCACCAAAAACUACGGACCACCACCACCACCAGGGCCACAUUCGCAGUACAGCUAUCCCGACGGAGGUCGGCAAGGGGGCCGUGGGGGCUACCAGGGCCGCGGCGGCUAUGGCGGUGGACGCGGCGGCGGUGGAGGUGGAGGUGGCAGAUAUGGCGGCGGACGCAACAAUUACUGAUGUUUCGAGGGGAGUUGCUGCGGGAGAUCAACGUGUCUACCGUGUAUCCGCACAGGGGACUUUCACGACGAAAGCAGGAGGCUUGGAAACACGGGAAUGGAUGGAUCGGUAUCACCCGCAUAGCGUACGAAUAGUGUAGAUGGGCGGGCAUUGUAGACGAGUCGCCAGAGAUAUGGCGUGUUGCUCCGUGGAGCUAACUGCUGCUAGGUAGCGGAGAUAGCGCCAUAGGCUUGUGUCAAUACCAUUGUGGCAGCGAUUCGUGGUUAACAUACCUAGAUAGUAAAGCCAGCUCCUGGAAGUGUUCAACGAUGACGCAUAGUGACCUGAAAAACAUCCACCUUGGGUUAUAUUUGGCCAUCCGUA